UCUUGAUAUCGUCUUGUUUGUGAAGAAGGAUUCGAGAAACAACCAUAACCAUAGUUAAAAAAUAAAGAUAUUAAUUAUUUAAAAAAGAGAUAGAUUUAAGAGUUCAGCUACAGAGAACAACCUGAUAUUUCUCGUUGUCUCUGCGAUUGUCUGUGAUAUCGAAAUUCAGAAGUUAAUGGAACGUGCUAGAAUUUUGCCAAAACUUUAAGGAAACUGGGAGAACGUGCCAGAAUUUUGAGAAAACUGAAAUUCAUUGAAAAAUAAGGAUGUCACAGGAAACAAAUUUGUUACUUUGUUAUCAUCGCGGUUGUGGAAAGAAAUUUGAUCCAAACAAUAAUAAGGACGAUGAUUGUGUUUAUCAUUCUGGAUAUCCAGUAUUUCAUGAUGCUUACAAGGGAUGGUCUUGUUGUAGCAAAAAGUGUACAGAUUUUACAGAGUUUUUGAAUAUUAAAGGUUGUACCAAAUCAAAGCAUUCGAAUGAGAAACCAGCAGAACCGGAAAAACCGCCUAUUGAUAAAUGCAAGCUGGAUGAAGUGAUAGAGGUUGUUUCGAAGCCUGUGUUCAAUGGAGUAUCUUUACCAAGACCUGCCUUUGACACUGCUCAACUUGUACUAUCGCCAACAAUAUCUCCUGCUCUUUUAGAACAAAUUAAAGGAUUAACAGCUAUAGAAUCUGACAAACCAAUAGAAGGCAAAAUACAAAUAGGACAACGUUGUCAAAAUAAUUCAUGUAAAGGAACUUACAAAGGAAUUACUUCUGAUGAAGAAAUUUGUCAUUAUCAUCCAGGAGAGCCUAUAUUUCACGAAGGGAUGAAAUAUUGGUCCUGUUGUCAAAAAAAGACAACAGAAUUUUCUGUAUUUUUGGAUCAACCAGGCUGCACACAAGGCAAACACAUAUGGUUUACUAAGAAUUCAGAGAAAAAGGCUCAAUGUAGAAUGGACUGGCACCAAACUGGAGCUUAUGUGUUUAUUUCUAUAUAUGCAAAGAAAUAUCUGCCUAAUCAGUCUGUUAUAAAAUUAAAUCCUGUCCAUCUGACUGUAGAUUUAUUUUUUAUAGAAGAAAAAUCAAGAUAUAAUCUUGAUAUAGAAUUGAGAGGAAUUGUGGAUGUCAAACAAAGUAGUGUAAAUAUGCUGCCAACCAAAGUAGAGAUCAAAUUAAAAAAGGCUGAAAUUGGUUCAUGGUCAAAGUUGGAUAUUCCUAGAGAAAUAAAGCCAGAAAUUUCUGAAAGCAAGGAAAAUAUUGCCACUCUUAAUACACAAAUUGAAGCAGUGGAUCUUAGUGACCUUUAAAUGACUGUAACAUGCUGUUAAAUAAUUUGUAACUUAAAUAAUACUGUAAUAAUAGUUGUA